AGUUUUUGGUGCAGAGGUUUGAAAUAGCCAAAUACAGCAGCGCGGACCAAGUGGAGAUCUUCAUUUCCAUUUUACAGAGAUCCCUCUCUCUUGGCGUCGGAGGACCCAAAAGCAGCCUCAACCGACACAUUGCUGCCAUCGGACCAAGAUUCAGACUUCUGACUCUGGGUUUGACCCUGCUGCAUGCUGACGUGGUGACAAACGCCACCAUCAGAAACGUGCUUCGAGAGAAGAUCUAUUCCACAGCUUUUGAUUACUUCAGCGUCGCUCCCAGAUUUCCCACUCAGGCAGAUCAGAGGCUAAGAGAAGACAUUAGCAUCAUGAUCAAGUUCUACGCCUGUCUGCAGUCGGACAAGAAGUACCUGACUGCCACUCAGCUGGUUCCACCAG